CCUGAUCACACCUCCAUCUCCACCACCUCAACCUCCAUCCCAACUCCAACAUCUCCACCACCUCCACCCCCACUUCCACCAUCUCCACCACCUUCACCUCCAUCCCGACUCCAUAUCCACCGCAUCCAUCCCUCCACCAUCUCUACCACCUUCACCUCCAUUCCAACUCCACCCCCACCACCUCCACCACCUCCACCCACCUCCAUCACCUCCACCACCUCCAUCCCACCUCCAUCUCCACCACCUCCACCUCCAUCCCAACUCCACCCAUCUCCACCCCCACCACCUCCACCACCUUCACCUCCAUCCCAACCCCACUUCCACCAUCUGAAUCACCUCCACCAUCUCCACCACCUCAACCUCCAUCCCAACU